ACUCCUACAUAAUUUACUUAACCAUGGCUUUCACAAGUAAACCUCAUUUUAUAAUGUUGUGUAUGAUCUAUUAUACUCUUAUUCUUUUUGUGUCUGCAUUAGUUCUUUCUGAUGCUCCAGCGGAAGCACCAACUUCGGGCGGCGAUGGCUUGUUACCUCUAAGCGAAAAACAUGUUGUAAUCCGCAACAAGUUAAAAAAUAGAGAAAUUUUGAAUGUACAUUGCAGAUCUAGUGAAGAUGAUUUUGGGCUUAAACAUAUUCCUUGGAAUGGUGCAUGGGGUUUCAGAUUUUAUGUUAACUUUUUUAAAACUACGAAAUUUCGUUGUCAUUUUACGUGGCAUAAUGGUGGAUCUCAUUAUUUUUAUAUAUUUAAAGCAUCAAGAGAUGAUAGUCCAGUUGGAGAACUUCCGAUUUGUAAAGAAUGUAUAUGGGAAGUAGGACAAGACGAUGUAACCCCUAUUUGUCGUAUUUCUCGUGAGAAGAAAAACAAUCCAUACUGUUUCGAAUGGGAGGAUGGAGCGUAGAAAAGCAAAAAGAAAAUUAUUGUUAUCACUAUAUCUUAUCAAACAAAUGUAACCAUCAAAAUUGAUUGAAU